GAAAACAGUUAUAACAACCUGAAUACAGUAAAAUCCCAGUUGCAGACCAGUUAUAACAGCCUGAAUAAAGAGAAAUCCCAGUUACAGACCAGUAAUAGUAACCUGAAUAAAGAGAAAUCCCAGUUACAGACCAGUUAUAACAACCUGAAUAGGGAGAAAUCCCAGUUACAGACCAGUUACAACAACCUGAAUAGAGAGAAAUCCCAGUUACAGACCAGUUACAGCAACCUGAAUAGAGAGAAAUCCCAGUUGCAGGACAAAUUCCACACCAUGGCUGCCGAGAAGGAUAAACUGCAGAAGAGAAUGGAGAUUACAAAGUAUGCAGUGGAUGUGACUCUGGAUCCUGACACAGCUGAAAACAACCUCAUCUUGUCUGCUGAUGGGAAACAAGUGAGGCAUGUCGACACACCGCAGAAUUUCCCAUACAACCGCAAACGCUUCGAUCCUAUUGUUUGUGUUCUUGGAAAGCAGGGGUUCACCUCUAGUAGAUUUUACUAUGAGGUUGAGGUCAGUGGGAAGACAUCAUGGGCAUUAGGAGUAGCCAGAGAGUCCGUUAACCGGAAGGGUCGCGUUGUCCUGAGCCCUAAGAAUGGAUACUGGACAAUGAAGCUUAUAAAUGGGGAUAGGUAUGAAGCACUAACUGAUCCCUCUGUUGUACUCUCUCUUAAAGAGAAGCCAGAGAGGGUGGGGGUGUUUGUGGAUUAUGAGGCAGGUUUGGUCUCCUUUUAUGAUGCAGACAGAUGUAGUCUACUCUACUCUUUCCGGGGUGUCUCUUUCAAGGAGAAAAUCUAUCCAUUUUUAAGUCCAUAUACUAAUAAUUCUGGUGGCAAAAACGCAUCUCCACUAAAUAUCAUCAGUCCUACUGCCUGCACUUCAUAAAUGAUAAUAAUUUCCUUCUAUGUGUUUUUUUUUAUUAAUUUACACUUUGAGGAGUGUUAUUCAUCUAUAGUCUCCACCACCUCAAUGGUAUGAUCAAAACAAGUAAUUCAAAGUUUGUGUAGUCUGUGAAUCUGUGUAUCUAGUGAAAGGUUGUUGAUAUUUGAGGUCACAGCCAAUCAAAUUACACCCCUCUCUUCCGUGCUCCUGAAGCAUUGUGUUGAUAGGCUGGAAAGGUGUAUGCCCUGAUCCAAGCCACUUUCUUCGUUUCCCAUUUACAGACCCUCGACUGUGUACGAACACCAGCGUUUUUUUGAGACAGCUAGAGGAUAUUGAGGAGAAAUUAGCUUUAUCUGACAAAAAUUGUAUUGGAUUAAAAUCGUUGACUGCACCUUCUAAUGUACUGUCAAAUAACAAUGUUCUUACGUUGUCCGACUGAAUUUUCUCCAAAGAAACAAACAAAUUUAAACCAGUGAAAGGUUGUGCUGCUUUUAAUUGUACUUUACACUGAGAUCAAGAGCAUAGUGCUGCUUGAUGGAACCCUUAAGACUAAACUAUGACUGGUAACACAUCCAACACCAGGUGGCAGAAAUGCUCUCAGUAUGAUCUCAUUUCCACCAUCAUAGGGAUGUCACUCAAAAUAUGAAUGGUCUUAGAAUAGACCAUUAAUCUCAGAAAUGCACCCAAUGUUAUAUCUUUUUCACUAUCAAUGGAGUGUCAUCUAAAAUGCUGAGCUCUGUAUUUGAUGAACUAUAGUUUACUAUGUUCAUUUGUUUUAUCUCCUUUUUUUAUCUAAAAUGUGUAUCAAUGUAUUUACUUCGGCUGUAAAGAAUCCUGUUGUAUUUAAAUGUGGUAUGCAAAUAAAGUUCACUUGA